CCCGCUCGCUUGCCGCUCUUGGGCGUUUUCUGAGGUGUCGGACGGCAAACGUGCGCGUGGCGACACUCAAGACGCGGGCACUGCACCGCGCCCCCGCCGCGGUGCGGCGGGGGCGCCCCGCUCUUUGGCCUUCCGCGGCAUGGAAGCCUGGCGGGACCGCGCGCGGCCGCGGCCGAACCUCAAGGAGGUACGGGAGUCGCUCGCUUUCUUCGAGAAGGUGCGGCGGGUGCUGGGGCGCAGGCGGCUGGUGGUGGACGCCGCCGGGGGCCACGGGGCGGUGGCGCUCGCCUUCGCCGCCGCGGGGCGGGCGGAGCGCGCGGUCGUGGCGGACGUGCGCUGCCCGCCCAGCUUCGAGAGGCUGCGGUCCGCCUGCCACGAGGCCGUUGACGUGGGCCACGGGCCGUGGCUGCGUGGGCUGCUGGAACGGGAGGGGG